AUGUCUCGGAACCGCCCACGGCCUCGUGAUAACGGGCUGGGGAACAACGAGGAGAUGGAGCUGUGGACGCGCAUCUGCCAGGACAUUCGCAAAUCUAAAGAGAAAUUCGACCAACAAGCGUCAAUCUCUGCCCAGAUCAAAACUCUCGUUGACAAGAUCACCCGCGAAGGGAACAAACCAACAAUCUCCGACCACGACCAACUGGACAAGUGGCUACGACAAAGCCAGAGACUCAGUGAGGAAGAGCGCGCCAUUAUGGUGGACGAGCCUUGCGAUGUGGUCAAGAACUUGGAGCUGUUGACCGCGCUACGGAAAGCUUCUGAAGCGGAAGCUCCAUCGAAUCGGUCGGCUGCAUUAUCAAAAUCCCGCAAGAAGCGAGGCGAAAUGGAGAAUUCGGCCAUGGACUCGGCGAGUGCGUCUGGCGGUGACAAGUCUGGCCGACCCAAGGGUGCAGUUCCGCGCAGCAUGAGCGUGUCGAGCAAUCAUGCGCGCGAUGGCCGAAGUGAGGGGAUUGCAGUGAAAAUUGAAGAAGGCUCGGAGGGGACAAAGGGUACUAUGGCGGAACGAAGUGGUUUGCUGGUCGUCGGAGCCUUGGUUGUCUUCAAACACAACAAGAACAAGCAAGGUGUCGAAGGGGAAGGCAUACAGUGCAUCAUCAAGAACAUCUCCGGGGAUGGGUCCAAGAAAAGGUGGUACGAUGUCCAAGAUCCCGAGCCCAACGAAAACGGCGAAGAGGGAGCUGUCUUCCGAACGACCGCGUCGUCGCUCAUCCCUAUUCCCCAAGCUGGUACACCGUUACCUUCUUUCCCUGUCGGCAAGCAGGUCCUUGCGCGAUAUCCCGACACAACGACAUUCUACAGAGCAGAGGUCAUGGGAUCAAAGAAAGACACCUACAGACUGAAGUUCGAAGGCGAAGAAGAUGACAAGGAGAUGGAGACUGAGCGCCGAUUUGUCUUGGAAAUACCUACCAAGUAG